CUGCUGCAUUGUCUGUCUUUUUGAAUUCAGCUCCACUCCCUGCUUCACGGACCGUAAUGCAUCGAUAGUGAGGACACAGUUCAAGAGGGCGGAGGAGUGGACCAAGGUUCACAGAGCAGUGUGCUGGCUGAGAGGGAAAUCUGGAGUUAGCUGAGAGCUAUAAAGAACAUGGUGGGGGAGCAAGAGGCUGAGCUGCAGACCCACAGAGACAACGUUGCCAGUCUGGAGAAAGAGAACCACGCCCUGGUUUCCAGAGUCUCAGCCAGCGAGGAGCAGCUGACGGCUCUCAGGGCGGAGCUGGAGGUUUCCACGCUGGAUGAGACUGGAAUGAGAUCAUCAGGCACUAAGGUGGCUUUCUCUGCUGCUUUGAGUUCAGGAAAGUUUGGACCUUACACUACUGAAACUCAACUUGUCUACAGAAGAUCCAUCACCAAUCUUGGCGGGGCUUACAGCUCAAACACAGGUGUGUUCACAGCCCCCGUCAGAGGAGCCUACUACUUCCGCUUCACUGCUAUGAACAACAAGCACGGAGAGUGGAUGGCAGUUAACCUGUGCCGUAAUAGUCAGAGAAUUAUACAUAACUCUAAGCAGAAUGAUGGUAAUACUUUCAUUUCUAAUGCUGCGGUUCUCCAUCUGAAUCAGGGAGACGAGGUCUAUAUGCGUCUCCAUGAAAACUGUGGUCUUUUUGAAAAUGAUGACACCUACAACACCUUCAGUGGGUUCCUGCUGUAUUCUUUGUGAUCCUCAAAUAUAAUCCAAACAACACCAAUGGUUGAUUUCUAAACUUUUAAAUGUGUCGAUUUUAUUCUUACUUUGUCAAAGUUGUCCUUGGCUAGCUCAGUCUAAUCAAGCCAUUUAGAUACGAAGAAGAAAGA